AUUAGAAAAUGAUUUUCAUUAGUGUUGGAACCGAACCAAGUUUAUUUCUUUUCAAAAUACCGUUAAUUCACCGAGGACUAAUAAAAGUUGAAAACGUCGGCUUGAUCGAGAAGUACAAAGUGACGACGACGCAAAAAGAAAAGAAAAAAAGGUUUCGGCUUCUUCAAAAGCUCCAAAGUCGAACUCGAAAGAGGAGCUAUCUUUUCCAAUCGCAGUUAAAUUGUGGUGGUUUAAGAGAAGUCAACGGAUAUGCCUCCGGAGGCAGAGGAGUCAAUAGAUAUCAAAUUCAGGCUCUACGAUGGAUCCGACAUCGGCCCAUUUCGCUAUUCCUCUGCCUCUACCGUUGAUUGCUUGAAGCAUCUGUUUUUGUGUGUUUUCUUUAUAGGCAAAACUCUUGUACCAAAAGGGAUAAACGAGGUUAAGCUGAUCGGCUCGGGUAAGAUUUUGGAGAACAAUAAGACCGUUGCCCAGUGUAAGACGCCGUUUGGAGAGGUUGCAGGUGGAGUCACUCUCAUGCUCAUUCACGUUGUUGUACAGCCUUCUCUUUCAAAAGCUAAAACAGCGAAGAAGGUCGAUAAAGCACCCAAGGCGGUUAUAUGCACAUGCACCAUUUUAUGAAGGGAGCAAGAUCUGUAUCCAUACUCAGACCAUCUCAAUUCUUCAGCUACAGAACAAAAGCAAAAAAUAAAGGUAAAAGGUAAAGUAAAGCUUCCCUUCAAGCAAGCUGUGGAGUAUCACUCAAACGUUGCCACGUACACAAGGAUCAGCUCCUUAAACUCCUUCCAGACGGACCAAUCCUUAGCUAAAUUAACAUAAUAACUAUUAUUAUAUUAAAACUAACCUAAAGAUUAACUCUAAGAGACCCCCGUUGCGGUUGGUCUGAUACUCCACAGCUUGCUUGAAGGGAAGCUUUACUUUACCUUUUACCUUUAUUUUUUGCUUUUGUUCUGUACCUGAAGAAUUGAGAUGGUCUGAAAGUGAUUGGCUUCUUUUUAAAGUUUCCCAUCAUUUGUUGCCUCUUACUUGUUUUUGUUCACACUGUCUUCUAUACUUCGUUCGCGUCCCACGUACCACAUGUAAUAAACGAGAG